CCUAACAGGACUCGACCCUUCCCCAGGACCCUUCCCCAGCAAAUCGGCUGAGGCCAUAGCCAUUACCUCACCAACUGCCCCCAGGCCCCAAUAAAACCUUUGUCCUUUUGAAACUCGCUCUCUUUCCCUGGUAUCUCACCGCUGCGUCGGUGCAGGUAGGGGAUUGAGCUCGAGCUAGCUCGAAUAAAGGCCCUUUGCUUUUGCAUCGGACUCGGCUCCCUAGUGGUCUUUGGGGAUCACGAAUUCUGGGCAUAACAUUUGGGGGCUCGUCCGGGAUCCCCAAGAACCCCGAGGGACCCCCGACCCGGAGAGCCUGACUGGCCACGGUUAGUGUCUGUUUGUUCUGUCUUUUCUGUGUGAGCUCAUUUCUGGAAUUCUGGUAGUGCCCGACGCAGUCUAAGUGGACGCACUGGAGGACCACGGGCCGGGAGUUUCGGAAGACGUUCCGAUUCUCCCUUCUGGAGGGACGUGGAAUCCCCUCAAAGGUCUAAGCUAGCUUGCAGUUUUGCUUCCAUGGAGUUGGAAGACUUUCUAGGGGCCCUCUGUUUGUCUGUUUUUGUGUUUCUCUGUUUUGUUCUGUGGACUUGCUGGACUGACGUUAUGGGACAGACUCAGACUACUCCUCUAAGUAUUAUGAUUGAUCACUUUAAGGAUGUGAGGGGAAGAGCUAACAACCUCAGUGUGGAAGUCCAAAAGGGUCGGUUGCAGUUUUUUUGUUCUAGCGAGUGGCCAACUUUCAAUGUCGGAUGGCCACCAGAGGGGACCUUCGACCUCCCUACCAUCCACCGAGUCAGGAGUAUCAUCUCUCAGCCUAAGGCGGGCCAUCUUGAUCAGCUCCCUUACAUUAUCAUUUGGCAGGACCUUGUAGAAGACCCACCCUCUUGGCUUAAGCCCUUCCUAACCCUGCUCCCUCCGGAGCCAAAACCCAUUCUUGCUUUGCAGGAGACAGAGAAGAGGAAAAGUCUUACCCAGCCUUCAGCACCCCUCUACCCUGUCCUACAGAGGGGUACUGAAGAAGAAUUAAUUUUUCCUCCCCCGUAUAACCCCUCUAGGAUGCCGGAAGAACACCAUCCUCCCCCUCCGGGGGAGGCAGACGCUGUUCUGAGAGCGGGAGGCGGAAACGCUCCAGGGGGAAGCCCUCCCUUUACCAGACAAAGGGCUCAGAGGGAGCAAUCCGCCUCCGCCGACUCCACUAUUCUGCCCCUGCGAGCCACCGGACCCCCAGACGCGGAGGGGAAUCAGCCCCAUCACUAUUGGCCUUUCGCCACUAGUGACCUCUACAAUUGGAAAGCUCAGAAUCCUAAGUUUUCCGAGAAACCGGCAGGGCUUAUUGAUUUAUUAGACUCUGUUCUUUUUACCCAUCAGCCCACGUGGGAUGAUUGCCAGCAGCUUUUGCAGGUCCUGUUCACGACUGAAGAAAGAGAAAGAAUCCUCAGUGGGGCCCGAAAACUAGUUCCAGGCGCAGACGGGAAUCCCACCACCAACCAGGCUCAGAUAGAUGCCUCCUUCCCCUUAACUCAGCCCCAGUGGGAUUUCAACACGGCAGAAGGUAAGGAGAGGCUCCGGGUCUACCGCCAGACUCUAAUGGGGGGUCUCCGAAUGGCUACUAGAAAGCCAACCAAUUUGGCCAAGGUAGGAAAUGUACAACAGGGAAAAGAUGAAUCUCCGGCUGCCUUUUUAGAACGGAUCAUGGAGGCAUUCUGUACCUACACCCCCAUGGAUCCAGAGGCUCCGGAAAGCAAGGCAGCUGUUCUCAUGGCCUUUGUAAACCAAUCGGCCAUAGACAUUAGGAGAAAAUUACAGAAAAUAGAUAGACUAGGAGAAAAAAGUCUGCAGGACUUACUGGUGGUAGCCGAAAAGGUAUAUAAUAACCGGGAGCCUCCUGAGGACAAGCAGGCUCGCGCCAUGGCGGCUGCCAGCAGUAAGCAGACUCGGGACCUGGCCAGAAUACUACUAGCUACCACUGCUGACUUCCCCGAGGAACGAGACCGCCGUCUCCGGCAGCUGGCAGAUGACACAAGAAAAGGUAAAAGCACCACCAAGGGGGGGAAGCAGAGGCUGCAGAAGGAUCAGUGCGCAUACUGCAAGGAGAUAGGGCAUUGGGCCCGAGAUUGUCCAAAAAGAGCUGGCGGGAAGGGAAGCAAGACUGAUCGAGUAAAAGUCCUAGAGCUGGAUGAACUAAGUGAUUAG